CACGGCAGCUUUUAAAGGGGGAGAUGUCUUCCCCUUCAAAGCAAGGCUCCCCUGGGGGGGCGGGUCUCCUUCAAGGGAGCAGGACCCGAUCCUACGGCAGCCUGGUGAAAUCCCUGAGCUCUCCGGCGCGGGAGAGGCGCAUCGAGCACUGCUUGGAACCCGGGGACACCUUGCCGGGGCUGGCGGUGAAGUACGGGGUCACGACGGAGCAGAUCAAGCGGGCGAACCGGCUGUACACCAACGACUCCAUCUUCUUGAAGAAGAGCCUCUAUAUCCCGGUGCCGAUGGAGCCCCCAGGGCUGGCCAAUGGGCUGGACCUGGAAGAGGAGGAGGAGAAGGCGGAGGGAGGCGGAGAGGAGGUGGCGGGCAGCCGGCCCGAGGAGGCCAAGCCGCAGAAGCCCCAGCGGAAGAACGGGGCCUCAGCCCCCGCCCCCAAGCACGACCUCUCGGCCGCCGACUUCCUCUUCAAGCUGGACUCUGAGAUCCGCCGCUCCAAGCAGGUGGCCACCAAGAAACUACGGGAAGGAGAGGCUGCGGUUCCCGAGAACGAGCCAGGAUCUAGCCCCGUCCCCUCCUCCUCCUACCAGAACGAGCCUUCUCCUCGCACCCAGCAACGCGCAGUCCUGGGGCCCGUGCCCCUUACCAAAAUUGCCCAGGCCGACACCCUGCGGGAUCAAGAGGAUGAAAUCUUCAAGCUUUGAUGGCAAUUGCUUCCCCCGUCCGCCAGGCGAUCUCUGGGACGCCGUCUCCACCUGGGAUCUCUGGGGACAUCACAUCCCCCUUUCGCGAAGGCCUCCCCCCUUCCCGGUGUUUUCCCCCCACCACCCCCAAGGGCAUCAGGCCUCUCGAAAGGGUCACAGAGUUUGGUUCCCUUGGGAUUUCCAGUGGGACUCGCAAGGCCGCGAGGAGGCUCUCGGAAGCGGGGGGGGGGGGGGAGAAAAUCGGGCCAACGACGGUCAUAUCGGCUCCGGCCGGGAUCCCCCAGGACAACGACCGGGCUUCUGCCCUGCCGCUCCCGCAGAGCCGUUCCACUUUUUCGUGCGCCUCCUUUUCCUUCUUUGCGCCGAAUUUUGUGUGUGUGUGUGUGUUCUAUUUAUUGCCUCUGUAACCCAAGUGCUUUCUGACCCCUCCGGGCUGCCGUCCUUGCCUGUCCUCGAGCCCGAGAAGAAACGUCCCACGAUCCUCGCCGGUCGGCCGCAGCUUCGGUGGGCCCGGGUCAAGGUGAGGGGUGGGUGCCCCUGUCUUUGGAUUGGGGACCCUCCGUUUUUUGGGCCCUGUGUGUUUUCCAUCUUCCUAGGGAGACCUGGGAAUGCUUUUGUCGCACACCCUGUGAUUAAAUGACCAGCGAGUCUUGCUGA